AUGGCAGUCAAGUGCGACGUUUGCUGCAAAACCUUGGAGUCAGGAAGCGCCCUUACUACCCACAUGAAGACACACACGGAAGAAACGCAGUUUGACUGCACUGUGUGCUACAAAACGUUUUGUAGCUCUCAUUCCCUUCGUUCACACCUUCAAACUCAUACCGGAGAAAGGCCAUUUGAGUGCGCUGUUUGCCUCAAAACGUACCCUAAUCAAGGUGGUCUAAAAACGCACCUAAAAACUCACUCAGAAGAAAGGCAAUAUGAGUGCACCUUUUGCGAGAUGAAGUUCUACUUAUCCAGUCAUCUUCGAUCACACCUGGCAACUCACACCGGGGAAAGGCCAUUUGAAUGCCAAGUCUGCCCCAAAACGUUUAUCAAUUCAUCGUUGCUAAGAGUUCACAUGCGGACUCACACAGGAGAAAAGUCGUACAAAUGCACCCUGUGUUCCAAGGCGUUCUCUGAUCCAAGUGGUCUAAAACUCCAUUUGCGAUCCCACACGGGAGAGAAGCCAUAUGGGUGUACUAUAUGUCAGAAAAGGUUUUCUGUAUCUACUAGCCUUCACGUACACUUGCGAACUCAUACGGGAGAGAAACCGUUCGAGUGUACCGUGUGUCAGAAAAAGUUCUCCCUUUCAGGUAGUCUGCGCUUGCACCUUCGAACUCACACAGGGGAGAAGCCAUUCGAAUGCAAGGUGUGCUUCAAGCAGUUUGCGGAUCCUGGCCAUAUGAAAUACCACUUACGAACUCACACUGGAGAAAAGCCACAUAAGUGCACGCUGUGUCCGAAAACCUUUUCUUCUACUUGUAGUCUUCGGAACCACAUCUAUUCCCACACUGGAGAAAGGCCAUAUGAGUGCAGUCUGUGUGACAAGAAGUUUCGUUCAUCUGAAGUUCUACGAAUACAUCUUCGAAUCCACUCGGAGGACAAACCAUCAUUCGAGUGUAAUCUUUGUAGAAAAUCAUACCCUUCAGCUCCCUCGCUCAGGUCCCACUUAGAAACACACAUUGGAGUCAAGUCUUACGAUUGUACCGUUUGCAAUAAAACGUUCUUACGAUCAUCCUCUCUGCGAGUGCAUCUGCUUAUUCACACAGGAGAAAAACGAUUUGAGUGCACCGUAUGCAAAAAUGCAUUCGGUCGACCUCGCCAACUUCAGGAGCAUAUGCGAAUGCACACAGGUGAGAAGCCAUACGAGUGCACUGUCUGCCCCAACAAAUUCUCGAAAGCUGAGCAUCUUCGGAACCAUCUGCGUACCCACACUGGCGAACAGCCAUUCCAGUGCAAUGUGUGCGACAGGAAGUUUUCAGUUCGUUGCAAUCUCAAGACUCAUCUUCGCACCCAUACAGGAGAAAAACCAUUUAAAUGUACUGUAUGUCAAAAGUCAUUCAGUGGAUCUGGUGAUUUGAAGAAACACUUGCGAAUGCACACAGGUGAAAAGCCAUAUGAGUGCAAACUAUGCGACAAAAAGUUCACUUUCUCUUCUAGUUUGAAUAAACAUAUUCUGGGCUGA